AUGGACAAUGCUCUGAAGGAAAAUGAAUAUGACAUAAUUAAGAAAAAGUGUAGACGAAAUGCUCUAAAUCAGUCAAAACAACCUUAUCCACAUACUGGGGGCCCUAAGACAAUGGAGAGGCUAAAGGAUGAAGAGGAGAAAAAACAACAAAGGCGCAUUGGUAGAAGAGAGAUGUUUAUUAUGACUCAUAAAAAAAGGGAUGGCUCGUAUAUAAAUGAUGAUGCACGUGUUGUUGGAAGCCAAGAUAGUUCCUCGAAAGAGAUUUCACUUACUGAUUCGCUUGCGCAAGUCCUUGGAAAGGAGCAUUUAGGGCGAGUUGGGGGGUUAGGUUUUGGAUCAUAUUCAACCAAAAUUAUUAGUAAUACUACACAACAAUUGAACUCCAUAGUGCAAAUUGAAGAGUAUCAGAGUGAGAUUAUAGAAUUGAAGGCGGCAGCAGCAGAACAAAAGGCGGAGAUUUCAAAAUUGAAGGCAACAAUAGUAGAACAUAGGGCAGAGGCAGCAGAAGAGAAGGCAAAGAGGCAAACCAUGAAAAAUCUGGUAAAAUACAUAAUCCAACAGCAAAGAGAUACUUUGCCACCUAAAAUUGAUGCACAGUUGAAGUCUUUGGAGAGUGGAGCAAAAUAG